CGUUGAAAUCUCGCGAAGUUAUAAAUUUUCGAAAAUGAAACGACAGAACUUUUAGUUCAACCUAAUAUAAGAAUUAGAGGUACCUAGAACGCUUCAAUGAAGUUUCUGAUCCUGAUCUUCGCAACUCCACUGGCAGAGGCUUUUACAAAGCCAAUAAGCAAUGAGCUAACUUUCAGAAGCUCAGACCAAUGUUCUUGCUCCUGCCCAAAAUGUACUAAUACAGCACAUCCUGGAUACUGUGAGAGUGGUUGGACUUACUACAACGAGACCGAUGCUUGUUAUAAGAAUUUGCUCAAUUCGGACUUUAACAAUGCCGAGAAAGUAUGUAUCACUACGGGAGGACAUCUGACUUCGAUCCAUAGCGAAGAGGAAAAUUUUUUUAUAGCUGAGUUAGCAAGGUCGGGUAUAAGUCAUACCGAUUGCUGUGGCUGGGCGACUUGGAUAGGUCUCAAAAGAUACAACGGAAGUUGGGCAUGGACUGAUGGCACGACGGUUGACUUUGUGAAAUGGGGACCUGGAGAACCAAAUAACUGGGAGAAUUCACAAGACUGUGUAUUCGUGGCCGCCGAUUUUUAUGCAGACCAGAAGAAAGCAGCAGGUCAUCAAAAAUGGUCCGACUACGGGUGCACUGUUUCUAUGAGGUCGUAUGUAUGCAAGAAGAACGCUUUGCAUUAGAUGCAAAAAAUUUAUUACUGUGGUCAAAAGUCUUAAUUGGAUUUCGCGAAUUUCCAUAAAUUUUUCUGACUCAA